AUGAUAACACGAAGAUGGUUCCACCCAACACUAUCGGGGGUGGAGGCGGAAAGGAUACUCAUGGAAUGUGGCCACGAUGGCUACUUCUUAGCAAGGCCUAGCAUGAGCAAUAAAGGUGAUUUCACUUUGUCAGUACGGCGAGGCAAUGAAGUAACACACAUUAAGAUACAAAAUAAUGGCGAGUUUCUUGACCUUUACGGAGGCGAAAAAUUCGCUACACUAUCCGAACUCGUUCAAUACUAUAUGGAUAAUCAGUGUCAAUUGCGUGAAAAAAACGGCAAUAUCAUCCGGUUAAAAACGCCUCUCAACUGUGCCGACCCUACAACAGAACGCUGGUACCAUGGACAACUCACAGCGAAAGAAGCGGAGCGAGUGAUGUUAGAAAAUGGAAAGAAUGGCUCGUUUCUUGUGCGGGAGUCUCAGCGGCAGCCAGGUGACUUUGUUCUCUCAGUGAGGACUCGAGAUCGUGUCACACACGUCAUCAUCCGGCGACAAGAUAAUAAGUACGAUGUAGGCGGUGGAACACAAUUUAAUGAUCUUGUCAGUUUAAUAGAACAUUAUAGAAACUUCCCCAUGGUUGAGACCACUGGUGAAGUUUUGCGACUGAUACAACCGUUUAACGCCACCCGUAUUCAAGUCCGACAUUUCCACACACGAGUAAAGCAACUUCAAAAAGAAAAUGAGGGUCCAAUCGAGAGUAUGGCUUAUAAACAAGGCUUUUGGGAAGAGUUUGAAACGUUACAAAUGAUGGAGAAUCUGCAACUUUUCGACAGAAUGGAAGGAUCCAAACCAGAAAACAUACGAAAAAAUAGAUACAAAAAUAUUAUACCUUUCGAUCGCACCCGUGUUGUACUGAAAGACAUACCACCUGACGCACCUCCUGGCUCUGACUAUAUAAAUGCAAAUUAUAUCCGCUGUGAGAUGAUCGAGCCAGGCUCAGAUUGUCAUGAUUCUAGCAAUGGAAGUUACGAAAAUGGCUCAAGUCGAGACAACACACCUUCAAAAAAUAAAGAGAAAUCGUCACCUGUCCACACUAGUGUCAUAGUUUGUGAAGAAAAAUUAGCUAACGUAAAAGUUCAAGGUAAUGGUACGAAAUUAAGCCCACCUUUUGAGCCUUGUGUCUUACGAACAAAUCCGAAUUAUGUUAAUACCACAAUUCCAAAAUCAACAGAAGAAACUGAAAAUGGUAUUGUGGAUCAUGUCUACAACAAGUUAUACAUCGCGACUCAAGGUUGCUUAUCAACCACUAUUUAUCCAUUUUGGUCUAUGAUAUGGCAGGAGGACGUUCGUAUAAUUAUAAUGACUACGAAAGAAAUUGAGCGUGGUAAAGUUAAAUGCGAGCGUUACUGGCCAGAAUUAAAUAAGACAGAAGUCUUUAAAAAGUUUACAGUACACAAUGAAUUUGAAUCAUCUACCCCAGAUUAUACGUUAAGACGCUUUGUUGUUACGAAAAAAGACGAGUGUAGCGUUAAAAGAACUAUUUAUCAUUUUCAUUUUACUGCGUGGCCGGAUCACGGCGUACCAUCGGAACCAGGCAGGGUCCUGAAUAUAUUGUUAGAUGUAAAUUAUAGGCUACAACAGAUUAUGACUGGGCCGGAUCCUCCCGCACAGGCGGUCGUUUGCGUCCAUUGCUCGGCAGGUAUUGGUAGAACCGGGACGUUUAUAGUUAUCGAUAUGAUCUUAGAUCAAAUAAGAAAAGAAGGCUUCGAUUGUGAAAUUGACAUCCACCGUACGGUUCAGAUGGUGCGCGACCAGCGAUCUGGUAUGGUGCAAAAUGAGGCGCAAUAUAAGUUUAUUUAUAUGGCAGUGUUAGAAUUUAUUGAAACUGAGAAGCAGAGAAUUGGUCUUGGCCCCGAAUCUAGCCAAGACUCUCCCCGAGUAUGGUCGCAUUCCGUUCCUUUUUUAUGA